AUGCUGAUUAGUGCAUGGUUAAAUGUUUCAACUGACUCUGUAGUUGGUACCGAUCAAAAGAGGGAAACAUUUUGGAGUAGAAUUCAUAGCUACUGUGUAGAAUUUUGCUCCGACAUUUCAAGUGGGGUAGUUGCAUGUAAGAAACGAUGGUAUAAGAUCAACAAGGCUGUUGCACAAUUUGCUGGUUGCUACGAUCAAGCUAGUCGAAACAUAAGGAGUGGUUCGAAAGCUGAUGAUAUAAAGGAGUUGGCUUAUAAACUUUAUUCCACAAAUUAUGGUAAAAAAUUCACUUUUGAGAGGCAUUGGAACAUGCUUCGGUUUGAGCAAAAAUGGAGAAGCCAACUACCUACACAGAGUGGCGGCUCAAAGAGAACCAAGGUUAGUGCAACUAGAGCAUACUUAUUCUCAUCAAACCCAGAAACACCGUUAACUGACGAGACCGGUGUGGACUCUCCUGUUCGCCCACAAGGAUCAAAGAAGAGCAAGCAAAAAGGUAAGGGAAAAGCACAAAUGUCUGAAAAUUUUAGCGAAAGGAAAUCAUCGGUUGUUAAAAAAUUAUCCCUCAUGGAAGAUAUUAAGAAUGUUAGAGAAAAGGAACUAAUGGAUAGGAAAAAAGAAAGAGAAGAGGAGAAGGAACAUAGAGCAAAGAUUAUGGCUAUCAAAGAGAAGGAGUUAUAA